GACCGGGCGAGCCCGGCGGCCGAGUGCUGAGCGGCUCCCCUUCGCGCGGCGGCCGGAUCCGCUGAGUCCGGAGGCCCAGCCGCGCCGGCGCCAUGGAGGAGCGGCUGCUGUGGUUCUGCAACUGGAGCGUGCUGGGCGUGUGCGCGACGCUCAAGCUGCCGCAGAUCUUCGCCGUGCUGGGGGCGCGCAGCGCGCGGGGCAUCAGCCUCCCGAGCCUACUUCUGGAGCUGGCUGGGUUCCUGGUCUUUCUCCGGUACCAGUGUUACUUCGAGUACCCACUGCUGACCUACCUGGAGUGCCCCAUCCUCAUCGCACAAGACCUCAUCCUCCUGCUGUGUGUCUUCCAUUUCAAGGGGGAUGUGAAACGGGCAGCACCAUACAUCGUCCUCUAUGUGUCUGCUUGGUUCAUCCUCACCCUGCAGAAGUGGAUCAUAGAUCUGGCCAUGCAGGGACUGUCCACAACACGUGUUUCCUGGGCGCCAACUCGGCAGCAGCCACUGGCGCCUCGGGACAGGAAUUUAUGUACUUUCAUCAGUGCAGCCAGUAAGUUUGCACAGCUCCAGUACCUGUGGAAAAGCAGGGACUCAGGAGCCGUCAGCGUUCUCACGUGGAGCCUGGCUUCAUAUACCUGUGCGGCAAGAAUAAUGACAACUUUAAUGACCACCAGUGAUCUUACAAUUCUUAUACGUUUUGUGAUCAUGCUGGCCUUAAAUACAUGGGUAGCAGCUACAAUACUUCACUACCGGAAGACCGAUGUGAAGUCUGAAUGAUGGAUAUAUUAUUCCCACACACAAGAGUGGAUUUUGAAUAACUGAACCAGAGGAAAAAAAAGCUCAUUGCUAAACCAGGUCUUUUAUAAAUUUAGCCAACCGUGCCAAAGGUAUUUUAGACUUGGAAGAGCCCGCUUAAACGCUUGUUUAAAAACAUCGAUUUUUAAAAUCCCUGUCUCCACUUCAUUAGGUUAAGGUAGGGUUCAGACAUCUGCAGUUCUGAGAAGGCUGGUGAUUGAUGGAAGCCUCCCAAGAAGCCCAUUUUGAGGAGACAGCGCUGACCCUUAUUCUUAAAGUCAUGAUUAAGUCCCCUCCAAAGAGCUACCUACAUCUACUUCUCAGCUUUCACAAUCUUUUAAAAAAUAGAUCCUCUCCGUAACACAGACUAACAUGAAUGGAGUGGGAUUUUGCUCAAGUGGAAUUGUAAUAAAUUACCAGAGUUCACUUUCUGGGACUAAUGUUUAAUUGUAAUAUAGACAUAACAGGAUGGCCUUAUUGUAUCAUAUUACCGUAUAAUACCUCCUUAGGUUACAGCAAGGAUACGAAGGCAAGCAAAAAUUUAACUGGCUUGAAUUCAUACACCAAAGUAAUCCUUUAACUUCGUACUGUGCCUUCAAGUAAUUCGUAACAAAAGGUACCUGCAGCCUCUACUCAUGAAGAGGCAAUCCCAGUAUACUUUCUGAUUCAAGCACAAUGCUGCCGUUUUUAAAAGGAUCACACCUACACGAUACCAUUACUGGAAUUUGGUACAAAAUACAGCUGACCUCGACCAGGUUUUGCCUAUUGAAAGUAUAUUCAGUGCAGGGUAUUGCUACCAAGUUCUUAUGGAUUUUAUUCUCAUUAUAGUAUCAUACUCUGAACAUGAUGUUAAGAUUACUGUACACUUUUUCCUGUAAAAGCUUAUCAACUCUAACAUUUUAAG